UACUCCCGUUUCAAUUAGAACAGUUGUCAUUUAUAAUAAUUUUAUAAUUAAAUUGCGUUUCAUGACAUUAUGCGAAAUAAGUGGUUUCGGUGUGUGCUUUGUGUGCAGUUGGGAUGGUGUACUGCUUCCAUUAUAACGGCACAAACAACAGACAAACGGGUAUGCAUAAUAGGAGCAGGAAUAGCAGGUCUAACAUCAGCCAAGUAUAUGAAAGAAGAAGGCAUAAACUUCACAGUUCUAGAAGCGACUAACUACAUUGGAGGGACGUGGCGAUAUGAACCUAAAAUCGGCAGUGAUGAAUAUGGAAUGCCUAUUUAUACUAGUAUGUACAAACAUUUGAGGACCAAUUUACCGAAACCAACCAUGGAGCUCAGAGGUUUCCCAGCACCAGAUUCGUGGCCUUCAUUUCCAAGCUGGAAAUUGUUCUACGAAUAUCUGAAAGACUAUUCAAGACACUUAGAUUUGGAAAAACACAUAAAGUUUCUACAUAUUGUGACUUCAGUAAGGAGAGAAGGAAACAUUUGGAAGGUGACUUAUAAACAUAUUCCAAGUGGAGAGGAAUUUGUAGAGGAUUAUGAUUUUGUGGUUGUUGGUACAGGACAUCACAGUAAACCUAAUAUGCCAAACAUACCAGGAGAAAAACUAUUUAAUGGUACAAUAAUACACAGUCACGACUACAGAGUACCAGAUGUUUACAAAGACCGUCGGGUACUCAUGAUAGGGUCGGGUCCUUCUGGAAUGGAUAUCAGUUUGGAUGUAGCUGAAACUGCAAAAACUUUAAUACAUAGCCACCAUUCUGUAGUGAACUUUAGAACACCUUUUCCUGCAAAUUACAUCAAAAAGCCUGAUGUGAAGGAGUUUAAUGAGACUGGAGCGAUUUUUGUAGAUGGGACUUAUGAAGAUCUUGACGACGUUAUAUAUUGCACAGGCUUUGAGUACGACUAUCACUUCCUAGACGAAACAAGUGGAUUGACGCUCAACUACGCAAAGCGUAGUUUGACUCCUUUGCACAAUUACGUAGUGAACAUACACCAACCUACUAUGGUUUUUAUGGGACUCGUAGUACGAGCAUGCGUAGUAAUCGCUAUUGAUGCGCAGGCUCAGUAUGUAACUGCAUUGUUGAAAGGAAAUUUCACUUUGCCAACCAAAGAAAAAAUGCUAGAAAUCUGGCAGAAGCGAGUUGACGCUAUUCGAUCCAGAGGCAAGCCUAUUUCACAUAUACAUAUCCUGGACCAGUAUGAGGAUCAAUAUUACGCGGAAUUAACUAGGGAAUCCGGGAUACCGAGAGUUCCUCCAGUUAUGUUCAAAAUACGCAGCAAGGACAUGGAAGCCAAAUUGGAGAAUUUGUAUACAUAUAGAAAUUAUGUAUACACCAUUAUAGAUGAUGAAACCUUUACUAGAACAUUGGAGAAAGACAAAUAUAAUAAAAGUUUCGAAAAUGAAUUGCAUUGAGAGUCGAACAAUAUAUAGUUCGUAUAAAAACAAUUAUUUUCACAAAAUAGACAAUAAUAGAAUAAUAAAUUUUGACACAACACAAUACAUUCGUAAGUUAUGCCUAUGCAUGCAGUCGUGUGUUGAAAACAUGGUCGGCGCACUGUACAUCACAGCCUUAGACCUAAACACUAAAGAGCAAUCAUAACUUAGAGAACAAAGUAUAAUUAUAAAAAUACAAGAACAGACGAACAUAGCUGCAGUGACAGAUUGGAGUAUUUUAGAUAAAUAUCGCAAUGGCAAUUCCUUGUCGGAGAUGGUUCACAGAAUUCUUCGAAAACGUGAAUUACCUAACUCUCAUUGUAGUCACAUUUAUUGAACUUAUUGACUAAAUACUCUCUUUAAAGAGGAAUCCUACCAAGCAGUAUGGCGUGUAUUUUGUUAUUGAUGAUUAAAAUAUAUUCACUUCGCUUUUUUUCUAUACAAUUGCACUAUAUUUCUCUCUAUUUCACUAUUUGCUGAAAAUAUUUUACUUAAAUAAAAUAUUAUUGAAAA